AUGACAACAUCCAAUUUACAAAAAUUUGUCGGAACAAAAUUAAUAAAUGAAAUGUUACGAUGUGACUCUGUUCGACAAAAAGAAAGAAAUGAUUGGAAAGUCUUAGUUAUGGAUCGUUUAGCAACAAGAAUUAUAUCAGCAUCAUGUAAAAUGCAUGAUAUUAUGUCAGAAGGAAUAACAAUUGUUGAAGAUAUUAUGAAAAGACGUGAACCAUUAGGAAUGCUUGAAGCUGUCUAUUUUAUUCAACCAAAUGAAAAAUCAAUUAAUGAACUUAUUAAUGAUUUUGAUAAAAGUCAUGCAUUAGUACCCAAGUAUAAAGCUGCUCAUGUCUUUUUUACUGAAGCUUGUAAUGCUGAUUUAUUUUCACGAUUAACUCAAUCAAAAUGUGCAAAAUAUAUUAAAACAUUACGAGAGGUGAACAUUGCAUUUUUACCAUAUGAACGACAAGUAUUUACAUUGGAUUCACCUGAUACAUUUUAUAUUACAUAUAAUCCAACACCACUUCCACAACGAAAUGCACAUCUUGAUGUUAUUGCUGAACAAAUAGCUACUCUAUGUGCAACACUUGGUGAAUAUCCAACAAUACGAUAUAGAGUAGAGAAUGAAAAAAUGGCUGAAUUUGCUCAGGCUGUUCAACAAAAAUUAAAUCAAUAUAAAGCUGAUGAUGCAACUAUGGGCGAAGGUACUGAUAAAGCUAAAUCUAUUUUGCUUUUACUUGAUCGUGGUUUUGAUGCUGUUUCACCAUUACUUCAUGAAUUAACAUUCCAAGCAAUGGCACAUGAUUUAUUAAAAAUCGAGAAUGACGUUUUUGAAUAUGAAGUACAAACACCUGCUGCUGAUCCUAAAAUUAAUCCAGCACAAAAACAAAAAGUUUUAUUAGAUGAAAAUGAUGAACUUUGGACUGAACUUCGUCAUCAACAUAUUGCUGCUGUUACAAAAAGUAUCACAACGAAGAUUAAAGAUUUUGCUAUACAAAAACGUGUUAAAGAUACAGAUCGUAGUGAACGUACGACAAUGAAAGAUCUUUCUUUAAUGAUUAAAAAAAUGCCACAAUAUCAAAAAGAAUUAAAUGCAUAUGCACUUCAUUUUAAUAUUGCUGAACAAUGUAUGAAUACAUAUACCAAAGAUUCAGGAGACAAAUUAUGUUCGGUUGAACAGAACUUAGCAAUGGGUACUGAUCCAGAAGGUGAACGAAUCAAAGAUCAUAUGCGCAAUAUUGUGCCAUUAUUACUUGAUACUGCUAUUGCUAUUGAAGAUAAAUUACGUAUUAUAAUGUUAUAUAUUUUACAUAAAAAUGGUAUUACAGAAGAAAAUUUAAAUAAAUUAUUAAGCCAUGCAUUCAUUCCAACUGAAAAGAAAAAUAUUAUAACAAAUAUGCAAUAUCUUGGAUUACAAAUUAUUCAAGAUCAAAGUCGAGGCGGACGACGUAAAAACAUUCCACAAGCAAGAAAAGAACGUACAGAACAAACAUUUACAAAUUCAAGAUGGACACCUUAUGUAAAAGAUAUUAUGGAGGAUGUUAUUGAUGAUAAACUUGAUUCAAGACAAUUUCCAUCUAUUGGUGGACAAAGAAAUCUUGCAACUUCUUAUGCUGUUCAAAGUUCUCGAGAAUAUGGUAGUUGGAUGCAAACUCGUCGAGGUGCCGUUCGUUCAGGUCCACGUUUAAUUGUAUUUAUACUUGGUGGUGUUGCUUAUAAUGAACUUCGUUGUGCCUAUGAAGUAACACAAAGUAAUUUGAAAAAAUGGGAAGUAUUUAUCGGCGGUGAUCAAAUCAUAACUCCAAAACAAUUUCUUCGUAAUCUCGAAAUGAAAUUAAGACAAGAAGAUGAACAAUAG